UGUGUUUUGAUUUCUCGACCUAAGCAAAAUGUUACGAAAUAUUGUUAAAAUAUUCGAUUUUAAGCCAAUUUCUGUCGUGAUCAAGACACAAACACGAUUCUACGCUGCUUUGCCGAAACGAUUUUACAAACACACCGGAGUCUUGCAAAGCAAUGGCAAAUUUGAGAUCACUUUGGACAAUAAAAAGCUCAAAACGCCCAAUGGAAGUGUUCUGGUAGUCAAUAGUGAGCCUUUGGCAUUGGGCGUUGCCUCGGAAUGGGAUUCCCAAAAGGAGACAGUUGAUCGUUCGAGCAUGCAUUUGACGGCAUUAGUGAAUACCGCAGUAGAUAACCCAAAUAAAUUAACAAAAAUCGACAUUGUCAACUACUUGAUCAACUACAUUCAGACGGAUACUGUGCUGUUUCACUCAUUUGAGGAAAAACCCCUUGCUGAACUCCAAGCCGCCGAAUGGACUCCCAUCAUCGAAUGGUUUAACAAGGAAUUCAACGCUGAUAUCAAACACACAUCUGACAUCUCCGUGCCAACGAUUUCCCAAGAGACCAAGAUGAACAUCAGUAAUUACCUGAAUUCGUAUGAUUUGGCGGCGUUACAUGGAUUUUCGUAUGCCGUUGAUACGUUAAAGUCAAUUGUACUUGCUUUUGCGUGCAUCAAACAAAAAAUCUCCGUUGAAAAGGCAGUUUUACUUUCUCGACUCGAGGAAGAGUUUCAAAUGGGACAUUGGGGACGUGUUGAAUGGGCUCACGAUUUGGCUCAACAAGAGCUCCAAGCGAGACUCGCAGCUGCUGUUCUCUUCAUUUAUUGCAAUUCUUCGCAUCAUUUAGUCAAAGAAAAACUUCCUGUGUAAAAAAAGCACUUUAAGAGUAAAAUAAAGGUUAGAAGAAUAAAAUCAA